CAUUGUUUCGCACCGUCUCUUCUCUGCCUCUCGUCGUGCCCCUUCCAGGUCCGUUUGUAUUGCUCACUCUCUCUCUCUCGCCAUGGCCGCCGUAGCCGCCAUAGCCGUGACCUCGGCCCCAUUUGCUGCUUCUGCUGCGCCAUCGCUGCGCGUGGACGCGGUGCUCCCGCGGCCAGCGAUGUCCAGCACCAGGAUUGCCUUCGCGAGACCCGCCCUGGGCCUCUUCCGACGCCUCAAGGUGCCAGAAGAGCGCGCUUGGGGCUUGCGUGGUGGUGUAGCGCCGCGUCGCGGUGCGAGAGGCGUCGCCGCCGUGCGUGCCGUCUGGAAACAGGAGGUGCUGUGGGCUGAAGCUCCCGUGGCCGACGUUGCGCUUGCCUGUGAGGAGCAUUAUCACUUCGUGUUGGAUGUCAGUGGGAACCGUGAGUUGAUGGAAGGGCAUACCAAGGCUGGCCAGUUUGUUCAGGUCAAGUUCGGCGACAGCAAGCCAGCAUUCCUCGCUAUAGCCUCAGCCCCGAAGGUAGCUGCGUCUGGGUCUAUGGAAUUUUUGAUCAAGGCCGUGGAAGGCACCACUGCCGGUAUGUUAUGUAGCUUAGGAAAAGGUGACAAGGUAGAGCUUAGCCAGGUAAUGGGUAGCGGCUUCCGCAUGGACCAAGUUGCACCUGCGGAAGACUACUCCACGAUUCUGCUCUUCGCCACUGGUUCUGGAAUUAGUCCAAUCCGGUCGUUGUUGGAGGCAGGAUUUGAUGCCCAUAAACGAAAAGACGUGCGUCUAUAUUAUGGUGCUCGCAACCUAGACCGAAUGUCAUACCAGGAUAGAUUUAAGGACUGGGAAGCAUCAGGUGUUCAAGUAAUCCCUGUAUUGUCUCAGCCUACCGGCCCCUGGAAUGGGGCUCAAGGUUACGUACAGGCAGCUUUCUCCAAUGACAAGGGAAGCAUAGUUGGGUCGCAAACUGGUGCGGUGUUGUGUGGGCACAAACAAAUGGCACUGGAUGUGACUGACAUACUUCUGGCCGCUGGAGUAGCGAAGGAAAAAAUUCUUCUAAAUUUUUGAGGAGAUUUUCGUUCAGUGCAGAUUUGAAGAUGAAAACACGAAGCUCUCCAGGAUGUCUUCGAAAUAUUGCCUUCCGCUAGUAACCUUGGAGAAAUAUUCUUGUACUUUUUGCAAUGCAUGGUGCACUGAAGUGGUGAUUGCUACAGGUGAGCGGGUUUGUGUACAAGUCUUAGAAAUCCUUGAUAUUCAAGGUUAGUUUACACCAAUAGCAAGACAUGCGUUGAAGAUUAGUUGUAUUUUGCAUCAUUACAUCAUUCUUUUCAUUUCAAAUUACUGCAGCAUCAAUCCAUAUUUUCUAUUGCUGUGUU